AUGGUAGAGAGAAAUUCACUAAGUGUUGCGGAGAAUGGAAAUGAAGACUAUCCAAAUAAAAUUAAGGCAGUAGGAAUUAGGCGGGAACCUUCCUUUUCGGGCUGGUGUGAUGAGGGUGGAAUCCCGCAGCCAGCUCAUUUGAGAAGUGAGGGGGUGAGUAAAGACGACUUUAACUUUAAGCUGCCUUUGGUUCAUGCUAGUGGGCCAGAAAAUGAGCUUUUAGACCGAGGAAGGAUUUGUUCUAGCAAUUUACAACAGAAGAUGGAGCACAGUGUAGCUACUGACAUUACUUAUACUAAUAAUGGCUUGAGAAACCAAAACGAUAGUUAUGUGCCUUUUGACAUGGAAAACAACCACGAUAUCGAAAGUUAUCAUCUUACCACUGAUGACCGUAAUCACGUCGAUUACAUUUCGGCAUCCAGGAAAAAGGCAGAAAACCUUAUUUCUGUUGCUGAUGUGCUGAAGACUUUGUUUUUCAUAUUGGUUUGGUAUACAUUCAGUACAUUCCUCACACUGUACAAUAAAACAUUGUUAGGGGAUAACAUGGGAAAAUUCCCAGCCCCACUAUUGAUGAACACUGUUCACUUUACCAUGCAAGCUGUGUUGUCCAAAGCCAUUACAUGGUUUUGGUCUGACAGAUUCCAUCCCUCUGCUAUGUCAUGGAAGGAUUACUUUGUUAGAGUUGUACCUACGGCCCUCAGCACAGCAAUGGAUGUAAAUCUAAGCAAUGCAUCCCUGGUUUUUAUCUCUGUUACAUUUGCCACUAUGUGUAAAUCGGCUUCACCAAUAUUUCUCCUUCUUUUUGCCUUUGCUUUCAGAUUGGAGUCGCCAAGUGCUAAGCUGCUCGGCAUAAUCUUAGUCAUUUCAAUUGGGAUCUUAUUAACUGUUGCAAAAGAGACAGAAUUUGAGUUUUGGGGCUUCAUAUUUGUUACACUUGCUGCUGUCAUGUCUGGCUUCCGCUGGACAAUGACUCAAAUUCUUCUACAGUUGUUCCGCUUGUUUUAUAUAUGCGUAAAUGUUCACACUUUCCCCCUUUUUCUAGGUCUUAAAAAUCCGCUUACUUUGAUGAGCUACGUGACUCCUGUUAUGGCAAUUGCAACUGCUCUACUUUCAUUGAUGUUUGACCCUUGGCAAGAUUUCAGAGAGAGUGAUUACUUUAACAGCUCUUGGCAUAUUGCCAAAAGUAGUCUGCUGAUGUUUUUUGGUGGGACUUUGGCUUUCUUCAUGGUAUUAACUGAAUAUAUUCUUGUGUCAGUAACUAGUGCGGUUACAGUUACAAUUGCAGGCGUUGUGAAGGAAGCUGUAACUAUUUUGGUGGCUGUGUUGUAUUUCCAUGAUGAGUUUACUUGGCUGAAAGGAGUGGGCCUUCUAACGAUAAUGGUUGGUGUCAGUUUAUUCAACUGGUACAAGUACCAUAAGUUACAGAAGGGUGAAAGUGUUAGUUCGCCAGCUGAGGGUGCAACUCCAAAGUACGUCAUACUUGACGAGAUGGAUGAGGAAGAGGCUGGAUCUUAA